CCUACGCAGAGGUGACUAUCGAUAGCGCAACAGGUUCUGCGGCAACUGGGUUCAUUAUUAAAAGUGCUUCGUUUAAAUUAUAUUAGUAGAUCAUUAUGCUACGAUCCAAAGUCCUUAGUCUGGUGGCCCGUGGAGCCUCCAACCGACUGAUGUCGACUGCCACCAAGUUGACCACUGUGGAGGUCAACGACAAGACCGGCAUCGCCAUCCUCACGAUGAACCGGCCGCCCGUAAAUGGACUCAACUUGGAACUGCUGCAGGAUCUAAAGAGCUCGAUUGACGAAAUCGAGGACAACAAGAGUCGCGGUCUCAUUCUGACUUCGUCCAGCUCCACAAUAUUCUCAGCUGGUUUGGAUAUUCUGGAGAUGUACAAGCCGGAUAAGGACAGGAUUCGCGCCUUCUGGACGCAGCUGCAGGAGACGUGGCUGGCGCUUUAUGGCAGCAGUGUGCCCACGGCAGCGGCCAUUAAUGGACACUCUCCCGCCGGCGGCUGCUUGCUGGCGACUUCUUGCGAAUACCGGGUGAUGAUGCCCAAGUUCACCAUUGGUCUGAAUGAAACCCAACUGGGCAUUGUGGCACCCAAGUGGUUUAUGGCCUCCUUUCUGAGCGUCUUGCCACAAAGGGAGGCUGAGCGCGCCCUCAACCAAGGCCGCAUGUUCACCACCAAGGAGGCCCUGAAGGUGGGCCUCAUCGAUGAGACUGCCAACAGCAAGGAGGAGGCCAUUGAGAAGUGCACCGCCUUUAUUGGCACCUUUGCCAAGGUCAAUCCGCUGGCUAGGUCACUGACCAAGCAGCAGUUCCGGUCGGCCGAUCUCCAGCAGCUGGAGAACGAGCGGAAGGAGGAUCUAGAGAAGUUCCUGUUCUUUGUCAACCAGCCAGCCGUGCAGAAGGGUCUGGGCAUUUAUCUCGAGGGCCUGAAGAAGAAGGCCAAGAAGUAAUAAGGAAUUGAUUUUAUACAUUUUUAAAUAGUAAUAAAGCCUUCAUGAAAACCAUUA